AUGGGUGAUCAUAUCAAGGAGCUGGAGAGUGCGACCCGAGAGGCUACAAUGACGCAGGCGAAAUCUCAGGCGGCACCUGUCGCGAGUGCACUGAAUAUCGCCUCCCCCCCAGGGUCGAAAACACCGCCCAGCAUGCCGGCUAAGAAGACGAUUGUAUUUCCGGCGGAUCAGCAGAAGAGUCGCACUGCCUCCGAGCCGAUUGAUGCGGAUGCCUUGACCAAGGCUCUGAAGGAUUACGAGGACGCCGGUCGGCGGCGGGAACGAACCCCAGGGACCAGUCCCAGUCGGAAAAGGCAACGGGUCUACGGAGACAGAUUCAUUCCAAACCGCGAAGGUCAAGACUUGCAGGCAACAUACAGCCUACUACACGAGGACGGAUGCCCGUCCACCCCGUCAAAGACGAAAAAGCGAGCUCCUCACUCCGAGCUUCAUUUCCAAAAGACGGAAGAAGCAAAUCGCAUGUACUCGCGAGUCUUGCGCAGCGAGCUGUUCGGCAAUACCGUCCCUCAGAGUGACCUGGAUUCGUUAUCGCCAGAUCCCUUACUCGGCCUCAACGGCGGGAUCAUCGAGAAAACCCGCUCCCAUACCCCUCCCACCCACGUUGUCUCGAACCUUCCCCCGGCAAGCAUCACUCCCUCCACCCCGCAUAAAAACCUCUUCACCUACGCAUCACCCCGACCAGGCUCAGGUCAGCCUACACCCUCGAAAACUCCUCGCAGCCAACACGGCCCGAACCUCAACGUCCGCUCCGAACUCUACAGCCUCUCUCCCAUCCGUUAUGAUAGCCAACGCAUCCUCGAAACGCCACGCAAGCAACCCCGUUAUGUGAAUAAGGUCCCCUACAAAGUUCUCGACGCCCCCGAUCUCCAGGACGAUUUCUAUCUUAACCUUGUGGACUGGGGAAGCAGUAAUGUCUUGGGCGUGGGGCUUGGAAACUCGGUCUACAUGUGGAAUUCACAGUCAGGCCGAGUGACGAAACUCUGCGAACUCCGUGACGACACCGUCACCAGCGUCAGCUGGAUCCAGAGGGGUACCCAUCUAUCAAUCGGAACUGGCAAGGGCUUGGUACAGAUUUGGGAUGCAGAAAAUUGUCGCCGUCUCCGAACAAUGAUCGGUCACACAAACCGUGUUGGGGCCUUGGCUUGGAACGACCACAUCCUCACUUCUGGUUCUCGGGACCGCUUAAUCUUCCACCGCGACGUGCGUUCGCCCGAUCAGUACCUCCGUCGGCUGUCCGGUCACAAGCAAGAGAUCUGUGGUCUCCGAUGGAACACCGAAGACGGCCAACUGGCUUCUGGUGGCAACGACAACAAGCUGAUGGUCUGGGACAAGCUGAACGAGACGCCCCUCUAUCGAUUCUCCGACCACACCGCAGCAGUCAAGGCGAUCGCCUGGUCUCCGCACCAGCACCACCUCCUGGCCUCGGGCGGUGGUACCGCCGACCGCACGAUCAAAUUCUGGAACACGUCGACCGGAUCGCUGAUCAAGGAAGUCGACACAGGCAGUCAGGUGUGCAACUUGGCCUGGUCGAAGAACUCGGACGAGAUCAUCAGCACGCAUGGCUACAGCCAGAACCAAAUCGUCAUCUGGAAGUACCCGCGCAUGGAACAGAUCGUCUCGUUGACCGGACACACCUUCCGUGUGCUGUACCUUGCCAUGAGUCCGGACGGCCAGACCGUUGUGACCGGCGCCGGCGACGAAACCUUGCGGUUUUGGAAGAUCUUCAACAAAAGAUCCGGGAGAGAUAGCGGUCGCGAAGGUAGCAAGCUGGCUGAAUGGGGGACGAUCCGAUAA